CCUCAAGCUGACCAUAGAUUCUCUCCUACUAAUCUGCACAACAGAGAAGCCCUGCUCCUGUGAACCUAAGGAGCUGGCCAGUUGGCAAGGUGCCUGCAGUGAAGAACUUCUACUGGAAGGGGAAGCCUUUUAUUGCAUUAGAAACAAGCCCUGCCAGAUACUGAAAAACUGAUCUUGUUUGGCUUUUGAGAGAAUCCAGUCAGGCUCUGUUGAUCAGAUGAAUUUGCAUUAGUUGGGUUUGCUGUAAACUAUCUACAAUAGCUAUAAUGACACCAGCCCUCAGAGAGGCAGCAACAAAAGGUCAUGGUAUCUACUUGUCACCUUCUUUGUCCUCUAGAGCUAUGGAGUCUGAUACAACUUUGUGCAUGGAAAAUUCCAGAGCAGUCGAAGAGACGAUAAAGGAGGAUUCCAUCACACAGAUUACUUGCUCAGUCCUGGGGUUUCCCACUACUGAGCCCAACCUCAGUAAUGAUAUCUUCAAUGUCAAACACUUUGGUUCUCCUCAGUCUUCCAGACAUUAUCAAUCUGUCUUAUUAAUGAGCACAAAUUCUCCAUUAAACAUAAAAAACAAAAACAGUAAGCAAAGGAAUUCAGAAGAGCACGACUGCUCCCAGAUGAAAAAUCUACUACAUAAUGGUGCUACCACACAGGUCAGUCAGAUUAAUAAUUCAGAACCUGAAGAGCAGGUCAGAGGGGAAACUUUAUCAGAGACCAUGAUCCAGAGUUUGGCAGAAAUGCAGAGACUGUUGGAUUCAAAUGUAACUGAAUCCAAUAAUGUGGAAGAAAUGCAGCUUCCAAACUGUAAAUGGUAUCGGAAGAAUGGCUUUUCGGAUAAGGGUCUACUACUACAUGCUGAGACCAAAAAAGGGAAUUCAUUGCAUCAAGCUGUGCAUGAGCCUUUGAAAGCAAUUGUGAGCUGCACCCCCACUAGUAAAGAAGAGGAAUUGAAUGCUCAUUUACUUCAGUGUGUCAGUAAGCAACAAGUUGUGCUCAGUCGAGCCAAAAGAGCUCAGAAACGUUUACAGAUACUUCUGGCAAAGCAUGUUGUCAAACACUGUGAUCACCAGCUGAAAUGCUUUGUGAAACAUCAGCUCCAAAGAAUGAAAGUUUUUCAUGAGCCAACCAGAUUUUUGGACAGUAGCUCCCUUGGAUGCACAGAAAUUAGGGCAGAAAGCAGUAUAACUAACUUGGAAAAAAAUUCAAAUAAAGACGCACAGAAUGGAUUCGGCAUUGAACCUGGUGAAAUCUGGGGUUUUGCACACUCUGCUACAGGGCUGCUGACUCAUGUGGAGAAAGAUCUGGACUCUGAUGCCACUUGCAGUAGCUCAGAUGACGAUUGUGAUGAACAGACUGUCAGAAAAACUGUGGAAGCCAACUAUAGUUCUGAAUGGAAGUGGCUUGUAGACCGAGCUAAAAUUGGCUGCCGUUGGACAUGGCUUCAAGCCCAGAUUUCGGAGUUAGAAUACAAAAUCCAACAACUAACUGACCUUCACAGGCAGAUACGUGCCACCAAGGGGAUGGUGAUCUUAGAAGAAUUCCCACUUCCAAAAGACAUUUUGAAGAAGCAAACACAAUUGACAAACCCAGAAGCUUUAUUAAACACCACGGGGAAUUCUCAAGCUACCCUUGAGAGACAGGAUUCUUUGCCGGAACACGAUUUUGAAAUGUCACCAAGCAGCCCUACUUUACUUCUACGAAACAUAGAAAAACAGAGUGCUCAGCUGAGUGAAAUCAUCAAUAAUCUGAUUGCUCCACUCAAUCUGUCCCCCACGUCCUCUCCUAUCUCUUCCAAAUCCUGUAAGCAGAAACAACUGGUCAAUGGCAUAUCUCUCAGAGCUUCAGACAACAGAGAGGAAAUGUCAUCUUCUAGUAGCCAGUUGCUUGAUCAUCAACACAUCAAAAAAAGAAGAAAAGACAGGACAAGGCUGAGAUCUCCGUCUGUAACUAUCAUGAGUACAUCUGCCCGAACAAGGCCACUUCAGAGUUUCCAGAAGAGGAAACUAUACAGAAUGAGCAGUGCAUGUUGUUGGAAUCAACAGGCUUUGCUGUCUAGAGAUGCCUCGUUUCCAUAUAAUACACAGAUGCCUUGCAUGGCUCCAUCCUCCAUUUGGAGCAGUUCUGAGCAUGGUACAACAUCCAGAAUAGUACAACAACAUAUACCAGAGGUGGACUGCUCUCUUCAUCCUGUGUUAUCAUUCCCCUCAGAUAUUCCUCUUCAUAUAUAUUUUGAAACAUUGUUGAAGGAGGACAAGAUCAAAGGAGAUCCUGUUGACACCUCAGCACUAGCGGUAGAGUUUAAAAUGUCUCCAUCCAGUGAAUUUCAUCAACAUAGUGCUUCUUUCAAACAAUGGAGCAGUGGCUAUUUACUUAAUUCCAAACCUCAAGCAGCAUCAGGAACAUCUGAACAGUUGUCUGAGGGAAGAAAGAAAAGGCACCUAAGUGAGACAGCGAUAGGAGAAAGUAACAGUAGGUUUGAAGCUUUUUCCUUUCGACAUGCAGAACCAGAAUCCCAUAACGAUUUUACUGCCGUGACCCAUGUCAAUCUGAUGUCUAGAUCUACCCAAAACACAUCAUCACAGCAUAACUCUAGACGGAGACUGAGAAGUGAGAGCUCCUAUGAUAUAGACAACAUUGUUAUUCCUAUGUCACUGGUUGCUCCUUCUAAAUUGGAGAAGCUGCAAUACAAAGAAAUCCUUACUCCAAGCUGGAGAGUUGUUGAACUUCAUCCUCUGGGGCGAUCUCAUAUAGAUGAAGAAGAGAUCGAAGAUCUGUCAGAUGAACUUUUUUCUUCACGUCAUGCAAAAUAUGAAGAGAGAGAGAAAGCAAGGUGGUCAUUGUGGGAACAAAGCCGAUGGCCCAGAAGAAAUAGCAGAUCUUAUAGCAAAAAUGCUGAAAGACAGCUGGGACAAGAUCCAGUACUGAAAGAAAACCAUCACAACUCCUGUGCCUCACUGCUUUGUGCUGCUGAAGCUGCUUUUGAUCUUGCUUCAGAAAUCCACAGUUCUGUAUGUUUAAGGAUCCCACAGUCUUCAAAGGAAAAUCAAGAAGCAAAGUCUGAGCUGUGGGAACUUCGGGUUUUUCCGUUAAAGGAUGAAGACAUAGAAACCUUACGGUGCCAAGACCAAAUAACAAAUCAGACUGAAAGUUCAAGUGCAGCUUUCCACAGUGACUCCCUGUGCACUUCAUGCACUCCCAUCACAUUGCCAAACAAUGGCCAUCCAGCAAGAAACCAAUCCACAGAAGAGCUGGAAGACUGCAAAAGCGUUUUCCUGGGACCCUGCAGCACAAGAAAACACAGGUGACAGGGGGAAUAAUGGUGGUUCAUUAAGAAAGCUGAGUAAGGUGGAGACAAGUACAAGGUAAAAUCUCUGUUCUUCACACAAGAAAUAACAGCACAAUUCAAAUACUGUACAUUAGCAGCCUAUAAUAUAUUUUCUUUCUUGCUUUGUAACAGGCAGGAUAAAAUCCCAAACUCAACACUUUCUUCUUCCUGAACCACAAGAGAAACUAAUUAUUUCGAGCUGGAAGUCUAGUAUUCCCCAUGUUGAAAGUGGGCACACCUAAAUAGCUGGCAAGGUUUACUGCUUUCUGUUGUCAUAUUGCCACAUUCUUUAAUAUUCUUCCUUUUUUUCUUUCAAAUGUGUUCAUGGUUCUGAUGGAUUCUGGGACAGCAGAGCACACUUUAGUCCUUUAAACAAACAACUUCAAAACACAGAAAAACUUCUUGAAAAGACAGUGAGGAAGGGGGCGUAAUUUGAAAUACAAUUGUUUUCUUUGGUGGCAUGAGCAUGUCACAAAUACCUGCCUUGUUUAAAAUGCAUGUCUGAAAUCCCUUGAAUAUUUAAGUACCAGUAGUUUUUAAAUGACACUUUCAGAAGCCUUAUGUUUGGCUUAAAAUGAGCCACUCAUUCAACUCUAUUGUUAGUUUCAUGCAGAAAUCCUCAAACACUAACACACAAAUAUAUCACUAUAUUUCCGUAGUUGAUUUCUCUACUAUACAAAAAGUAGACAGUUUCCUAUUUCAGUCACAUGGGGAGCAGAGAAGCCUUGGAGUGGUGAGGAAACGAAGAGUGAAUUAAAUGAAGAUACAGCUCUGAAUUUCAUUUUGGAUCACCAGAUAUUUGGAGACCUAACUCCUAGACCUGCAGUAGCUAAUGCUGCUUAUAAUUGUGUGCUGUAGUAUCUUACCAACAAGUAUAGUUUGUUACGGUUUCUAAGCGAUAUCUUGCAAGUAUGCAAAAUCAGAGUGACUAACCAGAAAGGAAAACAUUGUUAAUAAGGACAUCAGAAGGGCUUAAAAAAACCUUUCACAAUGUUUCUAAACACGGAUUGAUUUUUAAAUUUCCAGCCAUUUCACUCUCUCAGAAAAUAAAAGCAAAUUGUUUAAACUCAUACGUUCUGAAUUACAGUAAUCAGAAUUUAUCUGCAUCCUCAAAUGAUGCUAAUAGAAGAUGACGCAUACAAGAAUUGAUUAUAUAGCAGUAUUCUUGUAGCAGAACAAUAAUUUGACACCAGUAGAACGUAUGUAUAAACCACUGUCAGCAGGAAGUUUUUCUGUGUACAACAGUUGAAGGCAACUAUAUAGGAGUCUCUGUUCUUGUACAACAUUUUUCUUCAGCUUGUAAUAUCCAAUACUGACAGAUGACCCGUUUGUUAGUGUCAAACUUAAAUUUUUUUUCCUGUCAGAUUAACUGGAAAUAUACGCUGGACCUCAGAAAAAAGUUCAGUCAAGUUUCAACACUACAUCCUAUGCUACAUUGUAGUUUAUUGCACAUUCUGAUUUAUUUUAAAUCUUUUUUUAACACUGGUUUGUCCAGCAAAUUAAACUCAAAUUUUGCCUCAGUGUCUGAUACAAUAAUCUUCAAUGCUAGGUUUUUUUAAUUAAAAGUUAUUUCCAUACAAUGUGUAUAGUCUGAAUUUGAUUAGCAAUAGAAGUAUUUAGAUUCCCUUCACAGGUCUGUAAAAUCAAAUUAGUGGUAUGUACUUUUAAGAGCUGAAGACCUGUAUGAUCUUUUAAUGGCUUUGUGGGAGUCACAAAGUAGUAAUGGUACAAAGCCUUGCUGUUGCAUUUGUUAAUGUUGCAUUAGUACAUGAUGAUGAUGCAUUGGAUAACUGGCUGUGAGACUGUGGUUUCCCCAUCUAUUAUCCCUUCUUCCUAGUUUCUGAGUGGAAUGGGGUAUUUCUCAUUUCUCUCUCCCUCGUCUUCUGGCUGCUGCUGGGAAUGUGAGUUGGAGAGCAGUCUGAGGUGAGGCUCCUUUCUUCUCCAUUCCCCUGCUCCUUCAAAGUGAAGAUAUGAGCAGCUCAGAUCGUGCUAGCUCCCAUCAUACAACUUUAUAGGUUGUUCAGUGCCUCCUGCUCUUGUCUGAUCUGUUUGGCAGUGUGAGGAGUAAUCCUGGGAUCUGGGCAUCAGUCAUGUGAACUCCCUGCAUGCAGGACCCAGGAGAACUAUAGGUGAGGAACACUGACUUAGUAAUGAAGUCUGAAUCAUCCAGGAUCCUGAAGGAAAAAGAGAGUGUUCUCUGUUAAUGUUAAGAGAAUAUUUUAAAAAUGAAGUAAACUUUCGAGUAGGGCUACUAACCAAGUAGUUCCUGGCAGUUUCCUUUAGAAGAGGAUGUUAAUACUGCUCAAUAAAGAUGUUAUUUGUUAAUCUUGCUAGCUACAGGGCCGAUGCAAAUGGAGAUUGUACACAACUUCUUUGUCCCUAUUGAGAUGCUCUCUGCCCUACCCAUUAUGUGAACAGGCUAAAAUAAUGAAACCACCCUGGCAAAGAUGAGACGGGCAAGAAAGAAACUGAAAAACUUGAUGCAAAAUGGAGAACUUUCCUUUUAUAAUUUCUCCCUAUGCAAAUAUUUAAGGCAUUUUUUUUCCAUCAGAAACUUUGCUCUUAAAGUCCACAUCUCAUCUGAUAAAAAACAGAUUUUGGGCAGCAAAAUAAUUUGCCUGGGUGCAGAUUCUAAGACCACCUCCAUCCAUUGAACUCCACGACAUAAGGCAAGAAUAGAAUAUAGUUUAUCGUUUCUCUUCACCAGCUCUGCAUUCUGUAAUCCUUCCAAUCCCUGUAUGUCUUCCCAAUGUGCUUUCUCCCACUGCCCCAGUGCCUGGAAUGGCCACUCCCCCCCUCCCCCCCCGUCUAGCCUACACACCACAUAACCUCUCCUUCAAAUCUCCCUCUACUACUCCCCAAGCUCUCCAGCAAACUCAUCUUAUUGGUAUAAACCUCCUCCCUGGUGUCAUCUCUGACUCUGGAAACUCUUGGGGCUAGGGGAUGCUACUAUUUACUUGUAUUACAGUAGCCCCUAGAAGCUCCCGCUGAGAUUGGGGCCCUAUUAUGCUAGGAUGUGUACAAACACAUUGGAAGAGACGAGCCUUGCCCCAAACAUUUUAUAAUCUAGAGCCAAGACAGAGUGGGAUUACGAUCCCCAUUUUACAGAGAGAGAAAGUGACUUGCCCAAAGCCAUACAGGAAGUCUGGACAGUUAGAAACUGAACUGUCUUAGUCUAGCACCUACACAAGCCUCAGCCCCACCCUCUUUCUUCAUAUCUGCUGUACAGAGCUGCUGUGAUGUCUUCAAUUAUUAAUAAUAAAAACUUAUUGGGAUAAUAGAUGCAGCCUUUCUCUCUCAUGGAAAUGGCCUCCAUCAGUUUCCUGCCUUUCCCUCACCUAUAGUUUGUGUAUUGUCACAUGAAUUUUGAAACCACUGAAACAAUUAGCUCUCUAUUUCAGAGCAGGCUGAGAACUGCAAUACGCACAGCUCAGCCCCAGGGCUGCAUUUAUAAAAACCCAUGAAGCCCCUUACUCAAGAUUUUUUCCUCAUACCUCCCUUAAACUUCCAAAAAUUUCCUCAACUUUUUGAGGCUAAAACAGGUCAUUCCUCUUCUCCCUUCCCAUUCCCCCUGUGCAGUGGUGAAGUACUGAGCAUUAUGCAGUCAGGCACUGUUGGAUCAGUGACUUGUUUCAGUGUAUUUGUGCUUUGUUUACCAUUUUGGAUCAAAAGGCAUUUUUUCAGGUCUCCAUAUCUCCUUCCCCUGGCCCUGUUGCAAGAGGUUUCACAUCCUCCUUCAGAUCCAUGAACUUCAUCAAAGCAUGGGAAGGGCAGAAAGUCCUCAGAUGUGGUGAGCAGAGCAUAUUUUCUGAUAGUGUCUUGCCCUAUUUGGGUGCAUGCUAGCUUGCUUACAGUACUGUCCUUUGGAGGACCCCACAUCCAAGUAAGGAUUGAACUGGACAUCUGGAAUCUUAUAUAUUUUUCCUCCAUUGACAAUGUGGGCACCCUGGACCCUUCCCUUGUUACAGAAUAUCAGUUACCUCUUAGACCUCCAGUCCAGUAAUGCACAAAAGGCUCCUUUGGCACGAAAGUUUAGAUGGCUUUAUUGGCUCGCCAUUGGCACUUUGAGACAAAUAAUUCUCAACUGGCCCUCAUUUUAGUCCCAGUGAUAUCCCUGCACUUUUAUUGUUAAAAAUGUAUUUACAUCAUGAAUUCAUCUAGCUAAAGAAUCAUGAGACUGAAGUUAUAGAAAAGUACAAGUAACUGUAUUCCUCACUGGGGGUCUGGUAGGUUGAAUGUAUGAGACUGAUGUGCAGAAUGUCUGGAAAUUUGAUUUAGGCAUGAAAGUUUGAGUCAAAGUUCUCGAUUCAUUGACCCAUGACUGGGUGAUGUAGAUUCUGUGUGGUUAGUUUUAAUGUGGAAAUGCUUUUUCCAUUGGGAUGCCUGAUCAGACUGGGUGUCUCCAUGUUUAAUAUGUACUUUUAUGGAUGACGUGUAGCUGCUGUUUUCUCUGCAUAAGCAUGUAUACAUCACUUAUUUUUAAGUGCAGGAAAACACGCUGGGACAGAAAAUUGUCAUUUGUUUGCUAAUAGUGAGGAAAUGGGCAAUUCUUAAGGAGUAACAGAAGAAUUUAAUCAAGCAUAUGUGCAAGUAGUAAUCGCCAUGGUGACUAAUAGCCUUUCCCUUAACCUUAGCUGUAACAAGAGGCUGUGGAAGUGAAGAGGUCACACUUACAUAGUGGGGUGCUCCAGUAGGAACAAUUAGCCACUCACUCUGCUGGAGAGGUGAGGCGAGGCGGUUUUCUUGCAUGUAUGUUCUCCUCCCCUGAAGUACAGCCUUAGGCUGGCAUUUUACACGUGCUCAAGGCCUUUGACAAAAAAGGCGGGAACCCCAAACUGCUCUAAUCUAGGACCUGACAAAGGAUUCAAUUCUCCUGGGGACAGAGCAUAGUAUUUUGUAACUGAAAGGCUGUUAAAUGGCAACAAGCGAAUGCCUGCAGUUAAACAUUCUCUCCAGGGUAGUUUUGGGGGUACUGUGUGAAUGUGUUAUGACAACUAUAUGAGAGUUAUAUUUGCAAAAGUGGUGCACAGCAAGUUUGAGCAAAUGAUUCCAUAUGGACAGUUAUCCCUGACCCAAUUCUAUUUAAACUCUAGUUGGCUUACUAACAGCAUUGUCUGAGCCCCUUUUUUGUGUAGUCCAUGCCAAAAGCCUUUGUUGCAGCAUCCUCACAUCUGCUUUUACUGAGGGAGCUAGAGUGGCUAUGUUUACACUAGCAGCCUUCACCACUGCCCUCACACCUGUAGUACACCUCUACCCCGAUAUAAUGUGGUCCUCGGGAGCCAAAAAAUCUUAUCGAAUUAUAGGUGACACUGCAUUGUAUUGAACUUGCUUUGGCGUCAAGCAUUUGUUAUUAAUAGUCACUUCCCACCCCCUGACUGAUCCCUCAGAACCCCCGGCCCAUCCAACCCUACUCCAUCCCCUGACCCCUAUCCAACACCCUCAAGACCCUGCACCCUUAACAUGCCGCUCAGAGCAGUGUAUGGGAGCCAGACACGCUGAUCCGCUGGAAAGUGCAGUCCUGCCCCCCAGAGCGCUGCUUUACCACGUCAUAUCUGAAUGUGUGUUAUAUCAGGGUAGAUCAUCUCUGUUGAACUGGGGUACUAGAAAGAAGUGUGCAAAAAUGUUCCCUCUAAUCACUUCCUUUCUGCAGCACUAACGUGGGGCUUUGAUUUUUCAGAGAGACUAGCUAGAGGAAUUCUUGAACCAGUCCUACCUCUCUCUCUUGACUAACAUCACUGCUUAGAAACUGAACAGCUGAAGCAGAUUCACCAUGUGGAUCCAAAUUAUCUUACUUCCUCUCUCCUGGAGUAGGUCUUUCUGUAAGUGAUGUAUGCUGGUUAUUACAUUUUAUACACAGGCAGCAGCUGCUUGGUCUUCCACCCAUGGAUUGCCUGAAGGAUACUACAUUUACCUAUUGGAAGCGCUAGAAUGCACAAGACCUAAACUUAGGAUCCCUAUGUGCUUUUGUACAAAUGUGAGACAAUACCCUAUGACAGCUCAUUCUGCAAUAAUUAAAAUGUUGUUGACCCACAAUAGCAGGCAACUUACUAUUCUACUGCUGGUGACAAAACCACUAUUCUUCAAUGAGUAACACCUAUCUUUAGCUGUUGAUUAGGCCAAGUUAAAUGAUCUGAAGGUACAGUUAUUAGAUUUGUUGUAGUUUUCAUAGGCGGUAUCCUUACGACUAGCUAGUGAAAACUUUCCAAGAGACUUAGCUUCCGCACUCCCCCCUUUGAAAAACUAUGCUAAAAGCUUAUUGUGGAACUUUUAUUUCCUACUGCUGUGAGAAUGAAAUAUUGUACCAUAACUUUAUUGGGGUGUACAUACCUGUCUAAGUUAGUGAACUUAUUUCUGGAAAGAUGCUCUUUCUUGGGGUAGAUGGGUUCAUCCUGGAGUACACAUGCUACUGAACAGCUAAUGGAUGAGUUUAGCAAGUCGUAAGAUGACUUAUCACUUUAAGAAGAGUGUUUUAUUUCAAACAUUGAAACAGUUUUGUAGGAAUGCACAGAGCAGACUCUUAAGUCUUCCAUACCUUUCAAGCAAAAACUGACUGAAUUUUGUUUCAAUCCAAUCCCUGUUAUCUGCUAUAAAAUAAGUCUCCAGGCAAUUUAAGGGAUAGCACUGGCCGAUUGUGUUUCCAGCCCUGGCAAAACAGCUUCUUGCAGUGAAGGAACAAUUCUUCAGUGCUGCAGUCCUGGUUCAGGAGCAAUGUCUCCAUAUUGGACUAGAACCCGUUCACACCCCAGCUGCCUUGGCAUGAGUUGGCGGUCUCAUCGGUCCAGGGAGCGUUUCUGAGCAGCUUCUGAACACACAUUCCUCAGGAGGUUGAUGACAGAUCUAGGAUCUUCACUUUUCAUAAUAGCACUGCCAGACACAAUCAUGUUUGCUCCUGCCUGGAAGAAGGUUAAACAGCCAGCUGUGUAAUAUGGACCACCACCCCAUAAUCCCAGUACACUCUAACUAGUGUAAAUUAUGUAUUAGGUAACUAUUGUCCAGUUGCAGCAUGCAUAGACUUGAGCAGCACAGGUUCUGUACGUCAAAAAAAUUACUCUAGUGAGAAAAGGGUAUUAUUUCCCCAAACAGCUUUCCUGCUGCACUGUAGCCUAUGUUAAUUCUGGUUCUAUCCUGAGCAGAGGGUGAAAGUCUUUAGACUAUCUGAAAACAAAGCAAAUGGCCAAAAUGAAAGACCCAGCAGAGAGAUUAUCUCAUGCACAGAAUUAAAAGAAAUGUCAUAAAAGGAGAGUCCUCACUGUGCUGUUCAGUUUUUAAAUCUUACCUCUGCACAUUUAUGGAUGGUGUCUGGCCCUACACCACCAUCUACUUCAAUAUCCAAGGAAGGAAAUUGUGUCCUCAGCCACUGAAUCUAAAGAGCCCAUACAAAAAACCCAGAAAAGUUAAGCACUUAGCUUUACACUCAGAUACUCCCCAGGUCUAUAUAAUUUUUAACAUUUAACUGGUUAAGGAUUUUUUGUUAAUGUCAUCUCCCUUCCCAGUUCUCAAGGCACAGGGAGUAGAAACAGACUAGUUCCAUUUAAUAAAACACAAUCAGUAUCUACCUUUGGCAUCAUGUCUUCCAUGAACUUCUGCCCUCCAAAUCCAGGUUCCACUGUCAUCACCAAAGCCAUGUCUAUCUGAUUGGCCCAUGGUGCUAAAUAUUCAACUACAGUUCCAGGUUUGAUGGCCAAGCCUACCUACGGAAGAAGGAAAAGAUAAAUGAAAGUGCAUCUGUAGGACAACAGAGACCUUGCACCUGUGUUAGCACUGCCUUGAUACUAGCUACUACAAGCUUAAAAAAAUUACUGAUUAAAUAUUGUGAAUAGUAUUUGGAAUAUUAUGUAGGAUCAAUUAAGGCAAAAAGGUAUUGACUGAUCCACAAAUUUUAUGUUGCACCCCACCCAUAAUGUAACCAGCCCAUGGCCCCCAGGGUAUGGGGCUGCAGCUGGGAGCAGGAGUCAAAGCUGGGGUUUGGCCUGGAGCAGAGCUAGGUGGCCCUUCCUCCCUGUCCCCUAGUGGGGUGUACCCCACACUCUGGGGACCACUGCAUUAAAGCAAGAUUCCACUUUGUCUCUAGUACUUCUGUUAAAAUAUAAAUUGCUUUCAUUCCAUUAGUUCUCAAGAACAUUAUUGCCCAGAUCUUUCAAUGCCAGAGGGAGGCAGCUACUGCACACGACUCUUGCCACACCAACUCCUCACCUUCAUCCCAUUUUCCCGAAUGUCUUUAAUCAGUGCCCCUGGAUUGUCUGUAGCCUCUAGGUGAAAAGUGUACUGGUUUGCACCUGCUACAGCCAUUGGUUUCACCCACUGCUCUGGCUUGGCAACCAUCAUGUGCAUAUCUGAAAAGAAUCACACCCCAGAACAAAGAACAAAAGCAUGAGUAAGCAAGAUACAGUUGGCAUGCAUCACUGCACCAAAAUAUACCAGUAUGUGUACUAGCUGUAAUUCAUAUAACAGCUGCUUUGGAGUCAUUACAGAAAAUGUCCAUUCAAAGCAUGCGCUCAGAGCUCAAAAAGAGUAGCAACAGCAUAAACCGUUCAAAUGAGUGCAUAUUAAUUUAUACAAAACAGAUUCAGAAUAUAAAUCCAUGCUCAGCAUUGGUAUUAUUAAAUAUGUUUAGUAAUAAUUACUACUCAAACUUAAUAGCACAUUGAUCACAUUAUAGUGACAUGUCACAUGGGAGUGUGUUUCUUUAAAGUACUAAAAAACAAAAAAAAAAACAGUAGCUCACAUAAUACAGUCUCCCCUCCCUCAGUUUAGCUAAAAAGGAAACCACAUUUUUACAACAUUUUGCUUGGCUAUAAAUAUUUAGUUAUCACCAAACAUGAGGCCCUGGACAUGGCUCCUUUGUGCUACUGAGUUCUAGAAAGGGAUUGGAAAGCUGGGAAAAUCCUCAUCUGACAUAGCUGGCUCUACACCAACCCUCCUCAACUUUCUCCACAUGUAGGGGGAUGGGUUGUAACCACAGUCCAAUGAUUCCUGCCACCAUCAUGGCCCCCACUGUAAGGCUAUUCUAAACUAAGACAGCACAAAACCAGCCCCAGGAUUAGGGAGCAGCAAAACAGUUUUGAGGUUACCCCACUGAGUUGGGGCCUGAGCUUACAUGCCACAGGUGAGGAUUCAAACCCACAAUGUUUUGUGGUUUCCUCUGUCAAUAUAACAACAUGUACUCAAGAGUUUGGAAAAAUGAAGUCCUUACCGAAGAAAGGAUCCUGACCCAGCUGCUUUCGAAGGCUCUCUACUACAGGGUGUCCAAAUGUGAUGUUCGGAACAAAGUGCCUACCAAUUAGAAAAAAGCACUUUAUUUUUCAUUAUUU